GGUACUGUGAAAAAAAGGAAGACGGAGGCUUAGAAGGGGGUAAUAAAAAAAGUCGAGGGGCUGCGCAAGUUACGAGCAAUCGGCGCAAUUUCGAUUGAGGACCCAUCAACGAUAUUUCCAACCUCAUGCUUUCAACCCCAGCCAUCUCGAACGUCGAUUCUUACCACGACGAACCUUUCAUACCUCCAUCCUUCGCAUAAUCCCCGAUUCCGUUACAUUUGCCUCCCGGCCUGACGAACCUAUUGAUCCGUCGCGCACACAUCCAAUCUAUCCGAACAUCGCAUCGACGAACCCACGAUUUUAUCAGUUUGUCGCAGCGGCGGCAGUAUAGUCUAAGCACUCCUUACGAGGGUGUCUGGCUGUAACUCGUCAUGGCUUUUCUCUUUAAAUCUAAGAAGAAUCAGGAGAGGAACGUCAAUAGUCGAGAUGGACCUCCUGGAUCGGCACCCCAAGUGCAAAGCGCAGCUGGGCGCAUCGUUAGAGAGGAGAAGGGCUCCCGAUCAACCCCAACAGGCAGUUUGAAUUCCUUUGAUGAAGGAACACCAAGCCCAGAUGCUGAAAAGUAUGCUACUCGCCCAGAUGGUGAGAAGUACGCUGUUCGCCGUGGCCAGGAUCCAUCACAGGCUCAGCAACCUCAACAAGUGAGCGACUUGCCUUUUCGCAAUGCUCCCCCACAGCAAAAUGUGAAUGCCUCAUUAUAUCCUUGGUCGCAACGACGCUUAAUACUUAAUCCUGGCACACCUAGCCCUUUUCCUAGAUAUGGAGCAGCAGUCAACUCGGUUUCCUCUAAGGAAGGAGAUAUCUACGUCAUGGGCGGUUUAAUCAAUAGUUCAACCGUCAAGGGUGAUCUAUGGAUGAUCGAAGCUGGAGGAAACAUGUCGUGCUAUCCGCUCGUCACUGCAGCUGAAGGUCCCGGACCAAGAGUUGGACACGCCUCUCUCCUAGUAGGCAAUGCGUUCAUCGUAUACGGUGGCGAUACAAAGAUCGACGAGACGGAUGUCCUAGACGAAACCCUCUAUCUUCUCAACACUUCCACGCGACAAUGGUCAAGAGCUCUGCCGGCCGGUCCAAGGCCGUCGGGUCGCUAUGGGCACUCUCUGAACAUUAUCGGGUCGAAGAUCUAUAUCUUUGGUGGUCAAGUAGAAGGGUAUUUCAUGAAUGACCUAGCAGCUUUCGACCUUAACCAGCUGCAAAUGCCCAACAACCGGUGGGAAAUUCUUAGCGAGAAUAUCGACCCCGGAGGAGCAAUGCAAGGCAAGGUCCCGCCUGCCAGAACCAACCAUUCUAUGAUUACCUUUAAUGACAAGAUGUACCUGUUUGGCGGCACCAACGGGUUUCAAUGGUUCAAUGAUGUAUGGUGUUAUGAACCGGCAGCCAACAAAUGGGUUCAGUUAGACUCUAUUGGAUACAUUCCUGUCCCCAGAGAAGGACAUGCCGCUUCGCUUGUCGACGACGUUAUGUACGUUUUUGGUGGUCGUACCGAAGAGGGCGCUGACUUGGGUGACUUGGCCGCAUUCCGGAUCCCAUCUCGCCGUUGGUAUACCUUUCAGAACAUGGGCCCGUCCCCGUCACCACGCUCUGGUCACAGUAUGACAUCCGUGGGAAAGUCGGUCGUCGUCGUUGGAGGUGAGCCUAGUUCGACUACCAGCCAGGUGAACGACCUAGGGAUCGUCUAUGUUCUAGACACUACCAAAAUUCGAUACCCCAAUGACGCACAGAUCCAGUCAAAUACUCAGAAAGUGCAGCAGGCAAGGCGGCCGAGUGGCAGUGAAAAUGCUAUCGGCCAUAGACAAGCUCCAUCCCGUGAGGGCUCUGCUGGGCCGGAUCCGAAGCGCGUGGCCAGCCCUAAUAGUCCAACAAAUAGCUCCGGCAAAGGCGGUACGGGUAUGGACGUUAAUGGGCCUCCUCCCAUCAGCAACGGGAUAUCAAAGCUUCCAAGAGCUGCAGGAACCUCUACUCCUUCAGGACCUCCACCGCAGGGUCAGCUCCCCAAGCCCAAUAUCGACACAAGUGCGACUAGCCGCCGUACAAGGAAUACAUCUAUCGAGCGGAUAGAGAGGGAAGCCAUUGGUACUGGGUCGUCUGGCAUCAACAGCCAAAACCAAUCCCCUAUAUCGCGGGAACCGAUUAAGGAAGAAGUUCCAGUCGCUAAUGGAAGACGAACACCUAACCAGCAGACCGCUAGAAGUGCUUCUAGGUCAGAGAAUGCGCCGAGAGAUGAGCCCAAACCCAAGCAGACACGGCAAACUCGUGGCCAGGGCUCCGUUGACAGCAAUACAGAGCCAACUCUGAAGAGCGUAGCUGUCCGCCCAGCUUCUCCGCCUCCACCGACUAGGCAACCUAGUAACCCUCUGUCAAGAAGAGGGUCAAACAGGAACUCACAGACUGUUGCCCUCUUGAAGGAGCUCGAUGCCGCCCGCAAUCGGAAUGCGUGGUAUGCUUCAGAGCUAGAGUUAGCUCGUAAAGCUGGGUAUAUGUCUAAUGCAACUCUUAGUCCAACUCUGGAGUCCCGAGCUGCAGAGACGUUCGAUGACGAUGACAAGCGGCUCAUUGAAUCGCUCUUGGCAAUGAAGCAAGAGUUAGCUAAUGUGCAAAGUGCCGUUGAUAAGCAAGCAAUCCUAGCAGCGAAACAGAUUGCUGAAGUCGAGCGACAGCGCGACGCUGCAGUUCGUGAAGCUGUCUAUGCUAAGGCCAAGAUGGCAGCACAGACUGGGAGCGCUGCUAGCACACCACAGCUAGACAGCGAAAAGGAGAUCGAUAAUGGUGACCGCUCUGCUGAUCUCAACAAGAAGCUGGCGGCUGCGCUGAAUGUUCAAAGAGAUUUGCAAAACAGCCUUGCUCGAGCUGCAGCAGAACUCGAGGCCGAGAAGCGAUCUAGACAAUUAUCAGACGAAACUCUCAGCGCUACUCAAAAGCGUAUAGCCGAACUAGAAUCGUACAAACAGCGCACAUCUUCUGAAGUGGAACAAUUGCGAGCCGAGUUACACAUGGUCCAGCGCGAAGCACGAGAACAAUCCGUUGCUAGUGCCGAGGCUCUCGCAUCUUUGCAGCUUCUGCGCGUCGAGAAGGAUGAUUUUGAGAGCAAAUAUAACGAAGCCGUCGGCAGCUCCAAAGAACAUAACGAGACUUUAGAAUCCCUUCGAGAGGCUGUGGUUUCAUCAGCGGAUAUGCGCGCUCACCUGGAGCGCAAGCUUGACGAGGAACGAUCCCAGAGAGCAGCAAUCGAAUCCAAAUUCAAUAAGCUCAAGGCAGAACACGAAGCACAUGCUUCAGAAUUGGAGUCCCUCACUCAACGGUUGCGGGAUGCGGAAGAACUCGCUGAGCGACAUGCAGCGGAAGCAAAUACCCAUCGACUGGCACUAAUUUCUGGAUUAGAAAAGAUCACCAAAGACCCAAGCAAAGCCAGUCAGGUCAACUCAGACCGUGUUGCAAUCCUCCAAGGUCAAAUUGAAGCAGCAAAUCUACUCGUUAAGAAGUACCGACAGGAAGCUGAUAUUGCUUCGGAUAAACUUCGAAGCGCUGAAGAACGGAUCGCCGGACUUGAGGCAUACCAGGAGCAGUCCAGCAGGGAAGGUGUAUCGAUCCGUCGACAAUUGCAAUCCGCCUUGAGGGAGACCCAGUCACUUCAAGCCUUGAACACGGACCUCAAGAAUCAACUCGCAAACCAGCAACUCGAGACUAAUGCCAUAACUGUUCAGCACAACACCCUGAAGGAUAUAUUGGCCGAAAGGGGCAUUAGCCCGACUAACCUUGCCCGAGUUCGAGGCAUGGGCUCCAGGACUAAUUCCCCUGACCCCACCAGAGCCGGCGAGCUUGAACGACAACUUGCACAAGCUGUUGCUGCCCACGAGGAGACGAAACAGACUUUCGCUACACAAUUUCAGGAAUCCGAGGCUGCUUAUCGCAACAGAAUAGUCCAAUUGGAGAAUGAUUAUCAAUCAGCUGUUCAUUAUGUUAAGGGCACAGAGAAGAUGCUGAAGAAGAUGAAGCAGGAGCUUGCGCAAGCUCAAAACGAGAACGGCCGCUUGAAGAACGAAAAUCUUGAGCUAGAAGAGCGCUCUAUCUCUCGUGACAAUGCCGCGCCUGCUGAUUGGGAAGCAGAACGUUCAUCGCUAGAGAAGAAGAUUGAGAGUCUCCAGGAACAGGUGAAGCUUACAUCUGGGCAGCUUGAACGACAGCUAGUAGACCUGCGAAGUAAGCUAGAUGCUACUCAGCAAGAACGGGACAGCACACUCAAGUCCCGCAACGAUGCCGCGGAGCGACUAGCCGCGAGAGAAAAGGAGCUCGAGCAAAUGCAACAAGAGAACGCCCUACUUGAGAAGCGAGUACAGGAAGCUGAAGAGAAGGUCAAUUUGUUGCUGGACCAGGUAGAGAGCUCCGUCGAUAACUACCGAAGACGCAGUCGCAUGAGCACAGAUCAGAUGAUCACCAGCACCCCGAGCGCAAAUGGCGGCGGCAUGGGUCAUGCCCGUCAGGAAAGUUCUGAGGCUGAAAGUACGUACGGCGGCUUUGACAAUGCUAGAAACAGCACUGCCCUGGACAAUCUAGCCAAUGAACUUGAUCUGCUACGAUCACAUUGGGAGGCCACUAAUAAGAAUUAUAGACUCUCAAAUACCUUCGACUUCGAGGGAAUAGGCACCAAGAAGGAUGACGAUGGUGUCGGCCUUGGUCUUAGCGAGAGUUUAGCUGACUGGAGAAAACGACUAGACACGGAAGAGCAUGACAAAAUAGGCACCGCCAAGAGUAAUCAUGCCUCGUGAAUACUCGGAACGUAAACAACAUCCCCGUCGCCAUCAUUUCUCUCAUCAAAACAUUUGUACAUUCUGCGCGUGAUUCCUGUAACGGCACCGAUGUAUUAACGCAUAUCCAAUUA